AUAGAGUUAUAUUACAAAUGCCCUUACAAAAAGGCUUAAGGUCGUUGGCCACAGAUAAAAAAUGACGUCAAAUCACGUUAUAUGUAAAGUAGCUUUGAUUGGACUGAUCAUGUCAACAUAUUAGUUAGCAGUCAUCAUCAUGAAUCAAGUCGACAAUCUACUGGCAAAUCCUUUUUAAUCCUUGUCGUAUGAAGAGAAAUGAUGGUUCAAACAUAUCGGUGCUCAUCGGCCAUUGGACAUAAAGAUUACACAACAAGUUGGAAAUCGCAAAUUCAACAAUGAGUCGUUUGGAAGUAAUCAGUGGCUAACUGCAAGCAUUGCAAAGCAACUACUAACGUUAGCCUGCUAAUUCAAUGGAGUGGCUGUGGUUUUUCUUUCCAGAGUUCCCACCAUAAAUCCAGCGAAUGCCAGACUUUGAUGACAAAGUUUGCCCACAAAGGACCGCUUUGCCAACUUCACAAGGUGUAACCUCAAGGCGUAGUGUGACAGCUUUAGGACCAUGGAGCCGGACGUGAUCCGCAUGUACUCCUCCUCCCCACCCCCAAUGGAGGACGGAGCUGAGGAAGAGGACGAGGAGUUUGGGGACUUUGGGGGCUUCUCUGGAGUUCCGACCAGCACCAGCUUCAAUGAGUUUGACACCCCAGCGACCUUCAAUCAGACCCCAGCCUUGGCUGCCACUUCACCACCUGAACUCCUCAACAAUGGAGGGGUGGUUAGGUUGUCAAACCUCAGUUCAGGUCCCGUGGGAAGGGGUCCCGUGGUCAAGCGCGCCAACUCCAAGUCAAAUGGUGUUGUGCCGGGAGGCUGUCAGUACGACAGUCCUUUGGAGAGAACUGUGAAUGUGGAGGAGUUAAAAAAGCUUGCCGACCACACUCGAGCCAAUAAUCAUUCUACCUCCUUGGACAAAUCUGGGAGGGGUCAGACUGACAACAUGGACAAGCCUGUCGACUGCAAUGGUGGGGUCCCGGAAGUUCUGACCAACGGCUUUGUGACUUUUGAAAUCGAGGGAAUCCCAUCUUUGCAGAAUUCGAACCGCUCUAAAAAGAAAGGAACCACCACAGAGUGUGCCGACAACUGCCCUCCCAGCAGCCCCGAGGACGACUUUGCGGAUUUCUCUGCUUUUCCUAAUGUAGACGUUCAAGGACACUCCAGCGAGGUCACAAACCUCACUAGCGAGAACUUGGACAAUAGCAACCGGGAAGAACGGCUGGCAGAGGACACCUGCCAGGUGCAGAGGCAGCAGAAGCACUCUAAUGUAGAGCAGGGAAUCAGGUCAGGGGACGUCGUCAGGGACACUCCUAUUACAACUGGAUCCAACGACAUCGCUGGCUCUGAUUCUCUAUCGCAUCUUGCUGAGGUUCGAGACACUGAAGGCUUGAGCAACGGGGACGGGGGCUUUCAAAGAGACACUGCUAACUCUGAGAAAAGGAACAUAGAGCCGGACUUUGCACACAAGCACUCUGCUACUGAGGUGAUUGUUAGUGAGGAUUCUGCCCCAGAGGAGGUUUGUAGUGAGGAUUCUACCCAAGAGUUGGUUUGUGGCGAGGAUUCUGCCUCCAAGGCACUUUAUAUUGAUGCACCGGUCGCCCAGAACGGUGUGUAUUUGGAGCAGUCGGAAGAGGAGGCAGAAGAAGAGAAGGCAGGUGUCAGUGAAAACAGGGGUUCGUCCGAUACAGACGAUGAGGAUGGGAAUGGCGAGCAAGCAGACGAAAAGUCUGCGUCCGGAAACGAAACAGAAACAGAGACGUCUUUCGGCCGACCGCUGUCCACGGAUGCCCUUGAGGAGUACGGCGACAUCAGCACGACGGGCUCUGUGCCCUCGCCACUGCUCCAAGAGGAGACGGCCACGCCUGCCGACCACAGCCAACUGCUGGAGGACGACGACGGUGAAGACUUUGGUGACUUUGGAGACUUCGGGGACGUGGGCUCUUUUAGCGGACAGGGCUUUGCUGACUUUGACCAGCCAGAGUUGCAACUAGAGGAACAACCUGCACCUCCCACACAGGAACUAGUGGACCACGACAAAGACUUUGGUGAAUUUGACGCCCCCAACAGCCACAUUGGUGGUGGGAAGGAAAUUGAGAAUGAAGAUGGGGGGAAGUUUGCGGAUUUCCCCAGCAACAACAGUUUUGCCGACUUUAGCUCAGCUCCUGUUGGUGCGGACCCUGAUCCAGAUGCUGGUUGGAAUGCCUUUGAUGAGCCUGUACAGGGUCAAGGGGAGGGAAAUUCCUGGGCUGCAUUUGGAGAGGAGCCGACCGCUAAUGCUCCUUUGGAAACGGGUGAAGACGAGUGGCAGGAGAGUGAACCUGUAGCAGUCCGUUCAUCCAGCAGCCAUCAGAUCAGUAGAAGAGACAGUCAAUCUGUGGCGCUGUGCAGUCGGCUGGAGAAGCUUUUUCUGGAGAUUUUCCCCGACGCACCUGCUCCGCAGGUGAGGGUGGAGGUGGUCUCCCUCAAAACCCUGCUGGAGCCUCCUGUGAGGUUACAGCAGGAAGAGCAUGAAAUGAUGAGCGGUGUGCCAGACAAUGGGGCCGAGGGGGACGUGUUGUGGAGGCAACUGCUGGACAUCCACGAGGCAUUUGGCCUGCGGCACCAGUGGGGCGGCUCGCACAGCAACAAGACACUACUCUGCUCCCUGGGCAUCGACAUUAGGAACAUUCUUUUCACAGGUCAGAAGAAGCAGCCAGUGAUAGUUCCAAUGUAUGCUGCCAGCCUGGGCAUGCUGGAACCCACCAAAGAGCCAGUAAAACCCAUAUCAGCGGCAGAGAUGAUCACGUCCAUAGCACAACAAGUACCUCCAGUGGCCCCAGCAGAGAUCAUAAGCACUAGUCCACCAGACACAGCCCAGGAAGUGCUCCCGCCCGUCCAGUUUGACUGGAGCAGCAGUGGCCUUACUAACCCCCUGGACGCGAGCGGAGGCUCGUCUCUGCUCAACCUCGAUUUCUUUGGGCCCGUGGAGGACUCUGGCCCUAGCAGCUCCACCUCCAUCCCAGGUGUGGACCCGGAGCUGUAUGAGCUAACCACCGCUAAACUGGACCCCAGUGGCUCUGGGACCCGUGUGGCUGAUGCCUUUGCCCGCCUUAUGUCUACUAUGGAGAAGACCAGCACCUCUACCAGAAAGCCCCGGAAAGAGGAGAACCUAAGUGAGGAGACGUUGAAGGUGAUUGCAGGGCUACCAGACCUGUCUUUCAUGCAGGCCAAGGUGCUGAUGUUCCCCACCACUCUGACCCCCCUGGGCUGCUCCUCUGACCCCGACCCUGACCCCACACUCGACUGAUCCACCCCGCCCCAACUCCAUCAAUGCCCUCCUCUUCUCCUCCUUAUCACCGUCUGUCAUUCUAUCACUAUAUCAUGAAGUUAUCCUUUUUGCUUCCAUGCCAUCAUCCUUUUUUGUCAUUUUCUCCCUUUUUUUUAUUUGUUAUUUUCAGUUUUAAUCUUUUUAAUCAAGUGAAGCAUUUAGCGAUUUGUCCUUGUGAAUGGAGAAUGUUUAUUCAGACCUGGACUAGGCUAAGCCUGUAAAGCGAAGCUUUGUCGAUAGCAGAGCAAAAGAACAUAUUAAAGCAGUUUAACUUCUAGAUCAAGGUCCUUGAGAGAGGCCGCUUGUUUAUGAUAGGAGAAUCAAUGUGUACAUAAUCAGGGACGAAUUGUGUUGGUUUUCAAAGGUGGCUUUUACCUUUCUCAUUGUGGCGGGCGUGUGUCAAUGUUUGUCUUUGUGAGGAAAUGAAACACUGGUUGAACCUCUUCAAAGCGAGGCUUGAGUAAAGUGAAGUGGGAUAUACACUGAGUGUAGAAACCAUUAGGAACACUUUCCUAUAUUGAGUUGCACCUCCUUUUGCCCUCAGAACAGCCUCAAUUCGUCGGGGUGUGGACUCUACAAGGUGUCGAAAGCGUUCCACA